UUGCGUAAGUCGCCAUAGCAAAUUGGGUGCCUUUAUAACGCUUUCCGAGAUUCCGACCCGCAACGCUCUCCUUCCCUGUCUCCUCAAGUGCUCUGUCUAUAUUUCCUCAUUCUUACCAAAAUCAGUGUUUUCCGUCUCUCUUUAUAUAAACAAAAUCUAUCUUCUUCUCCUUCCUUCUCUUCCUGCUGCCCCGCUCACGGUGAUCUGCGUAAAACGCUAACGCCAGGAUUUGGUCACAUUUCUCCGUUGCUAACGAUGGGAGGUGAUCACGGGAACGCCAAAUCGGACAUAUCGUUUGCUGGUACCUUUUCCAGUAGCGCUUUUGCCGCUUGCUUCGCCGAGAUUUGUACUAUCCCAUUGGAUACUGCUAAGGUUAGGCUUCAGCUUCAAAAGAAAGCUGUUGAAGGAGAUGGAAUGACUUUACCAAAGUACAGGGGAAUGUUGGGUACAGUUGGAACAAUUGCCAGGGAAGAAGGUCUAGCUGCUCUGUGGAAGGGUAUUGUACCAGGAUUACAUCGUCAAUGUCUAUUUGGUGGCUUACGAAUUGGGUUGUAUGAACCUGUAAAGAACUUUUAUGUGGGUAAAGAUCAUGUUGGGGAUGUGCCACUGUCAAAGAAAGUCCUUGCUGCACUCACAACUGGUGCUCUGGGCAUAACGAUUGCAAACCCUACUGAUCUUGUUAAGGUGAGGCUUCAAGCUGAAGGCAAAUUACCUCCUGGUGUGCCAAGGCGUUAUUCUGGAGCAUUAAAUGCUUAUUCUACGAUAGUGAGACAAGAAGGAAUUGCAGCUCUGUGGACUGGAAUUGGACCAAAUAUUGGGCGAAAUGCUAUAAUAAAUGCAGCUGAAUUAGCAAGUUAUGACCAAGUGAAGCAGACAAUUCUAAAGAUUCCUGGGUUCACAGACAAUGUGCUUACUCAUCUUUUAUCCGGUCUCGGAGCUGGUUUCUUUGCAGUCUGCAUAGGGUCCCCAGUUGAUGUGGUUAAGUCGAGAAUGAUGGGAGAUUCAACAUACAAAAAUACACUGGAUUGUUUUGUGAAGACUUUGAGGAAUGAUGGACCGCUUGCAUUCUAUAAAGGCUUUAUACCAAACUUCGGUCGUCUAGGCUCAUGGAAUGUGAUAAUGUUUUUAACUCUAGAGCAGGCUAAGAAGUUUGUUAGAGAUUUAGAGUCAUCUGGAAGAUAAAGAGUAUGGUUUCUCAAAACAGAAGUCAUUACAGCGCAGCCACAAUUCAAUGUGAUUUUUUUUGUUUUCCUUUAAAUUGUUCGUGAUAGUGAAUAAAAUAGCAUAAUUGUGAAAACUGAAAUGCUAUAACUACCAAAAUUUGAGACCUCCAUUGGUUGCCACAUUGUUUCCCCCCGUCAUAAGUACGGCAAGUUUUUCUUUUGUUUUUCA